AUGGAGGCACAUAACGAGACAAAUUUAAAAGUAAAAGCACGUAAAUGUAAACCAAUUCUCACUGAGAGGAAGCUACGGCUUUCCCUAAAGUAUAGACCUAAAAUUUUGAAACUAAUAUUAAAAUUAAGACUUUGUGUGACUAAGAGAAAUCAUAUAAUCAAAAAGUUAACUCAGCGACUUCAUAAAAAGUACCAUGAAGCAUCAACACAAACAGAUAUUUGGGAUACCAGUAAAGAAAGUGCAAAUCACAAAUCCGAAGAAGCAAUGCCUAAACAAUUAAAUGUAAAGAAAGAACAAAACAAUUUAGCCUGGUCUAUAAAUGAUAACAAUGAGAAGACUAUAGCUGAUCAAGUUAAAGAAGUAGCCCAAAGUGCUAUGCAAGAAUCUGGAAUGGUUUAUGUGGAAUCAGCUGGCAUGUACUAUGACUAUAAAACUGGUUAUUACUAUAACUCUGAACUAGGAUUAUACUAUCAUACAGACACAAGCUGCUAUUAUUACUAUUCAGAAGAAAAGAAAUCUUUUGUCUUUCAUUCAUAUCCCGAUAGAAGUGCAGAAAACCCUAACCAAAUUGCUCACGAGAGAAAGAAAAGCAAACAAAAAAGGGUGGCGAAUAACGACGAUAUCGAAAACCUAACGAAAAAUCUAUCUAAGGAAGCGCCGAAACUAAAACGAAAGAAAAAAGAAAAAUCUCUUGUCGAAGAAAACGAUGAAGAGCUUGAAGACGGAGAAUGUAGUAGUUCAGAUGAUGAUGCCGCUAGUACAUCAACAGCCACUGAUGAUGAAACAGUUGCGAAACAUCAUCCGCCAUGUAUGCGAGUGAUCGUACGCGAAACGACUCUGCCGAAAUUGAAAGUUGGUAGUUUGUUCCUCGUCACCAAAGAUGGCGGCACCAUAGGCAGGGAGGGCGAACACCAUUCUAUUGUAUUGCGGGACCAAAAUGUGUCAAGGGAACAUUUACAUAUCGAAUACGAUCUCGACCGAAGAACAUAUUUUGCUAUGGAUCUUGGUUCAAAGAAUGGUACUGUUCUGAAUGGUGUAAGAAUGUCACCAAGUCAGGAGACCAGUUCACCCAUUGAGAUUGUACAUGGAAGUACAUUACAACUAGGAGAGACGAAAUUGCUUUGUCAUAUUCAUCCUGGCACAGACACAUGUGGACACUGCGAGCCUGGACUUAUUAUGGAGAUGCAAGACAAAGAAAAGAAGGCCUACACAAGGACGUGUGGCGUGAAGAAACAGCACGAACUUGAACUUGCGAGAUUGAAGAACAAGUACGCACCGAAAUUGCUGGAAAUCGACCAAAUUUCUUACAAAGAUAGAGCUCAGAUGAGGCGAGAGAAAGUGGGCUCGUCACACCACGCUGAAAAGACCCAGACAAGUGAUAUUAAUACGUGUAUAACUCCUGAGAACAAGGGCUUCAAGUUGCUGCAGAAAAUGGGCUGGUCCAAGGGUGAGGGACUUGGAAAGGACAAUCAGGGUGACCAGGAUCCGGAGUCAUACUUAGUGCUACGUCUUCAUUCUGAAUCAUAUGGUAAACGCUUGAGGGCCAUUCGAACCUUGUUUUCGUUGUUAACGACAUCAAACCUAAAGGAUUAG